AUGCCGGGGGCUGCGCUCCUGCUGGCCCUGCUCCCGGGGGUCUUCACCUUGCCUGGCGGGCCACCGGAUGCUCCUGGACCCCCAAGGGAGAGGAGUGUGCACGUGCCUUUAGGAAACGUGGCGGGGGUCCUAAAUGAGAACACUCGACAAGGAGCUGAGGGCGUCGCCCCCAUUCCCGGCGGCGCCCGGGCCCUGGCUGCGCCGCCCCCUUUUCAGCCUGGAGCUGUCCGACGCGGAGGACGCCUUCCCGCGCCGCGCGGGGCCGCUCGAGGUCCCCGCCGACAGCCGCGUCUUCGUGCAGGCGGCCCUGGCCCGUCCCUCUCCGCGCUGGGACCUGGUUCUGCACCGCUGCUCAGUGACGCCGUCCUCACGCCCGGCCCCGGGGCCCGCCCUGGCGCUGCUGCGCGGGGGCUGCCCCGCCGACUCCUCGGUCGCCUUCCCGCCACCGCCGCCGCGCCCGGGUGCUGCCCGUCCCGCGCGCUUCAGCUUCCGCCUGCGCCCGGUCUUCAACGCCUCGGUGCAGUUCCUGCACUGCCAGCUGAGUCGCUGCCGCCGCCUCCGGGGAGCCCACCGGACGCCUGCGCCUCUGACGCUGCCGCCGCCCUCGCUGUGUCUGCCUCAGGACGAGGCGUGCGCGGGCGCCGGCAGCGGCGAGGGCCCGGGCGCCGACAGCCCCCACCUGCACACGCUGACGCAGCCCAUCGUGGUCACGGUGCCGCGGCCACCCCCCAGGCCGUUCAAGGGCGUCCCCGGCCGAGCCGUGCGCCCCGAGCCGCCUGCGCCAGCCCCGGUGGCCCUGGAGCCCGCGCCGGUGGUGGCGCUGGUGUUGGCGGCCUUCGUGCUGGGCGCCGCGCUGGCUGCUGGGCUCGGCCUCGUCUGUGCGCGUUCAGAUUGAUGGAGGAGGCCAAUGAUCAGCUGGGAAGGGGGUGUCCUCUCCUUCGCGCAGCGGGGGUAGCCCCUCCCCAGGGCUGGGGCGCCCCCAGCAAGGUCCUGAGACACCAGCCACGCCUCGAGCCAGGCCCGCCAGGACUGGACCGGCCGAGGUCGACCUCGGACCUGAUGGGACCAGUCUCAGCGUCCUGCACCUCCGGCCCCCGACCCGCUCCUCCGCACACCCUCCCACCUGGGCCCCAAAUAAACGUCUGGUCUGACCUGUUGAGUUUUGAAGUCUGCGUCGUCGUGCGCUUGGCGCCGGUGUAG